AUGCCGCGAGCGGCAAAGCGCCGCGUGGGAUAUGUGAGGGAUGUCAAUUACCACAGCGACGGUGAGUCGAAUUCCUCCUCCACGCCCUCAAGCGUCGAUUCCACCAUCACCAACACCACCAGCACGACUUGCUUUUACCGUAAGUUGGGGCGACGAAGUAAAAUUAUCAGCUCCGAGGUGACAGGAGGAACAACAUCAGAGGGCAGUGUAGAUGAAAGCAAUCAAAAUCAGGGGCCAAGUGGAGGCACUUCAACGUGCAGCUCGACUCUCGUGCCUAAAAUUGGAUCAAAAAAGAGAGCCAGUGGUGGAAAAUCGAGCAAACUGUAUUUUAGUGAUGGCGAUGUGGGUUCCAGUGUAUCGAGCACUUCGAAGGAGGCCUCUGCCGAUAUCAGAACAAAAGACUUCUUCAAAAAGUUCGGAAAAGAUGAGAAUAAUUGCGAUGACAGGUACUCGAAUAGCAGUGCAUUCAAAAAGUGCUGCUCUUACAAAAGAUGUUGCAAGCAAAAGCAUGAUGACAUAGGCAGUGAAGGUGGCGCACACGCAGUGAGUCGUGCAGAGAAGGAUCAGCAACGAUUUGAAACGGUUAGAGAAAGGUUGAGGGCCUGGGGUGAGCGUAGCACCUUUCAUGGGGUGGAUGUGCUCAUGGAAACACCGGCUGACUGGCGUCGAGUUUUUGUCUUUAUUCUUUUAUGUAUCAUGACCGCUUUGUGUUGGAUUUGUUGUGGAAAAAUGGUCCUUGGAUUCCUCAAUAUGUCAGUCACAACUGUAAUUGAUAGAGACGUGGAGGAGUUUCGCUUCCCCGCUAUUACUGUCUGUCCCGACAGUCCUUUCACUAUGAACCAACUUGAAGCUGAAGGAGGCGCAUUUCAUGAGUACACAAAAAUUGCUGGACUUUGGAUGAAAGAGUCCCCGAACACCUCAACUCUUAAUCCCCAAAAGUGGCCUCAAUACGAGGGACAAUGGCGUCAGCGCACCAAGUAUUCCUUCUUUCGUACCUACAUGCAAACUUCUACUUUGCAUGUACCUUGGAAUCACUACUUCGUGGCCUGCCAAUACAAUGGCCUUUCCUGUCCAGAGCUUCCUGUGAACGGUAUCAGCGUAGAACUCAUGGGAGCGGGUGGAGGUGAGAGUGGAGAGAUGAAUGCAGACAGUGCUGGUGUCUACGUUGGUAAUUCCCACUGGACUCUCGACCCAGGUCGCAUUUAUGGCUACGAGGAUGCAGAGGGAAAUAUCACAGAGAGUCUAAAGACUGUCAAACGUAUCUCCACUCAAACGGUUUGGCCAAGGGAGUCUCCUGUUAGAAUUAUCACCACAGCAAAGUACCAAUGCUUCCAAAUUCGUAUGGGGAUGACGAGCGUCAAGCGAUCGGGUUCGAGAGCAGGCCUCCAUCUCAUUCUCAAGAGACCCUAUCAACAAGGGCAUACCCAUCCUGCGCUUCUCUACGCAGACGCGGACGCUAGCAUCUAUCAGGGCUGGGAAGAUCACUUAGGUCCAGCGAAUUCGGUGGAUGCGAUUGUGGCCGCGGAAAUGGACGGUUUUCAGGUGCUGCUGCACGAUGUCGCCGAGAGAGACCGGUCUGUGCUCUCUGCAGCCGAUGUUGCCUCUACUGGCGAUGCGCGCUCCGUGGUGCGCACGUCGGUGCGUUUCGGACAGCAUUUAGUCGCCACUGUCAAUCAGUUUAUCUUAGAUCGUCUAGACACGUAUUUUCGGCCCUGCAAGAAGAACAUCCACCCCAUCCUCUACCUCGACGUGGGAGUCUUUGUGAAGGAGCAGAAACGACACGCCAUCUCAGUGGAGUACACACGACAAAACUGUUUAGCAGCACUACGGCAGUCGGUGAUGCAGCGACGCUGCGGCUGUCUCUCAGAGAGCUCCAUGGUGCCUCUCUACCUCGCCGGUAACCUUGCAAAUCAAGGUUUUUGUCACGAUGUCAGUCGUGACAAUAAAUCCGCCGUUGUAGCCUGUCACGACGAUGUUAUGCGAAUGUCGGAUGAGGACAUAUUGGAGGCCUCCAUUCCCAAACGAUGGUACCGCGUUGUUCUGGUGAAGCUAAAGCCACAAACUCGUCACUUUUGGCUGUGUCCACAGCCCUGUGUGGAGCGCGUGAACGAGAUCUCUCACCAACAGGUACUGGCGCUAGAGGAGGGGCUACCGAGCGAACUGUUGGCGAGGAUCAGCAGUUCAAACACCACCAACACUAAUACAUCGACCGCAGCUACCAGAGGCUUAGCCAAAACAGACUAUCUUGUGAUAAGCGUGGCAGCAGAGAACUCUCGCAUCGCAAUUCACUCUGAAGGUGAAGCGGCCUCCUUCUUCAACCUUCUUGCUGCUCUUGGGGGGAUCUUUGGUCUCUUCCUCGGUCUCUCUGGGGUUACUAUGUUUGAGGUACUCGAGUCCUAUGCCAUCCUUCUUUCUCAGGGCUUCGGCACCUUCCGUCACGCCGCAAAAGUAGGCGUCAGUUUUGGAAAGAAGAUUUUGGCCCGUGAAAAAAGUCCGGAAAUCGAUGACGAUGAGAAGAACUUGACAAUGGUUGGUAGUAAGCAAAUGUUGUUUGGUGAGGUGAGAGGUGCUCGUGAAUUGACUAUGCCAUCAAGAUACCCGCGCAGCUACAAAUUCUGGUUUGCCUUUCCUGGUGCUAAUUGCCAGAACGUCGGUGCGUCCUCCGACGUUCUCAAAUUCAAGGCAUAA